UGUCAUGGGCUUGUUGUGGCCCAUAUCUGCUGAAAAUAAGAGAGAGCAAGAGAGAGAGAGAGAGAGAACGAACGAGCGAUAUGGCGACGGUGGUGAAGGGCGUUGUGAAGGCGAUCAGAGAGAGAGGUCUCCGCACCUUCUUAAAGGAGCUAAAGGAAGAUGGCUACGCAAACUGCAUUUUCGAUGGAAACCUUCUGCAAACUAAAAUCCACAACAUUGGGGCAAGGCUUGUAGGUGUUGAUAAAAUUGGCAAUAAAUAUUAUGAGAAGCUUGACAUUCAAUAUGGAAGACACAGGUGGGUUGAAUAUGCAGAGAAGGGUCGCUACAAUGCUUCUCAAGUACCACCAGAAUGGCAUGGUUGGCUGCACUACAUAACUGAUCGUACAGGGGAUGAGCUUCUGAUGCUAAGACCAAAGAGGUAUGGCAUUGAACACAAAGAAAAUUUCACUGGUGAGGGUGAUGAGUUUAUAUACCAUUCCAAAGGGCACAGCCUGAAUCCAGGCCAGAGAGACUGGACCAGGUACCAACCGUGGCAACCAACCAAGCCUUGAGUUAUUAUCACAGCACAUUCGUGAUCAAACUUGAAAGAAAUCUUACAGUAUUCUGGUCUGUAUUCGAUUAAUAAAAUGGCUUGUACUUUGUGUUAGCUGUGAAUCUUCUGUAAUGUUUGCUGCUGUAUGGAAAUGACACUGUUAAACUUGAUAGUUCAAUGAAUGAAUGCUCUUUGUUAUUGUGUGAUUAA